CGAAGGGACUGACCACUAAUGUGGAACAGGAUAAGUCCCUCCCUGAAGUGAUGGUGACCAGCUGAGUGGUAACCAGCCUGUUGCCUUGGUCCUUGGAGGUGGGGGUGGAAAGGGGCAAUCUGCAAACCUCGAGCCUGGCCACCAUAGCUCACGAAGGAAGUAGGUGAACUCCAAGGCUUUUAGUGCAAGGAACAGGCGCCCAAGAGAGCUCUAGAUGUCAACCACAGUUACCGCCCUGUCUAGGGCCAGAACGAGGAAGGACUGACUUCCGGACCGCAGAAAGGAUAGCGGAACGCUUCAGAAUUGUAGGAGAACCACCCGGGUGAUGGAACUUCCGCCACACUAAACAUGGCCGCCACGCAUUGCCUCACUUCCGCUGGUGACCGGAAGUUGCGGAUCCUGAAAGUAUGGCGGCGUCGAAGGUGAAGCAGGACAUGCCCCCGCCAGGGGGCUACGGCCCCAUCGACUACAAGCGGAACCUGCCCCGCCGGGGAGUGUCGGGGUACAGCAUGUUCGCUGUGGGCAUCGGGGCCUUGAUCUUUGGCUACUGGAAAAUGAUGAAGUGGAACCAAGAGCGCAGGCGCCUGCUGAUUGAGGACUUGGAGGCCAGGAUUGCCCUCAUGCCACUCUUCCAGGCAGAGAAGGACCGCAGGAUCCUGCAGAUUCUUCGGGAGAAUCUGGAGGAGGAGGCCAUCAUCAUGAAAGACGUGCCCGACUGGAAGGUGGGGGAGUCUGUGUUCCACAGCACGCGAUGGGUACCGCCCCUCAUUGGCGAGAUGUACGCGAUGCGCACCAAAGAGGAGUUGAACAACGCCAACUUCGGCUUCACCUGGUACACUUAGGGCCUGAGCCGACACACCUAAUAAAGAAUAGUCAAGUAAACUGU